UCCAUACUGUAGUUCGGUCGAAAGAGCGGCAGCGUGCCAAAAGCCUCCAUAUUGUGUUGAUUCCAAACAGCUAAGCUAACGUUAGCUUCACUGGAAUGUGCGCGACCCAGCACUACGCAGGCGAACCUAGACGACGCUUUCAGCCAGCUAUGCCACGUUAGCGCGGGCAAAAGGGAUCAGCGGUGCUGGUCUGAAGCAGAAGCAGCUAACGCGCCUCGCUAAGGCUUCACUUUAGGGGACGCUUGGGCCAUGUGGCCAGUUCCAUGGUGGCAGUGGGACUGGCUCUGGCAGCAGCUGGAUUUGCAGGUCGCUACGCCAUGCAGACCAUGAGGCAGAUGGAGCCUCAGAUGAAACAGGCCCUCCAGAGUUUCCCCAAGACGGCUUUUGGAGCAGGGUACUAUCGAGGUGGAUUUGAUCCAAAGAUGUCCAAGAGAGAAGCUUCCCUGGUUUUAGGUGUCAGUCCCACGGCCAACAGGAUCAAGAUCCAAGAGGCACACAGAAGGCUGAUGAUCUUGAAUCAUCCAGAUAGAGGUGGAUCUCCCUACAUAGCAGCAAAGAUAAACGAAGCCAAGGAUUUCUUGGAUGCCCAGACAAAGAAGUGAAGAUGCCGCCAAUGACAAAAAACGUGAUGGCUCCCAUCCAAGCCGUUUGCACUGACCGACUUGAGCGAUUAGUUGUUUUCUAACUGAUUGUCAAAUUAAAUUCAUGCUGUACAAAUUGU